AAGAAGAAGAAGCAGCGCCCGCAGACCUGCCCGCCAAUUUUGAAGGAUGUAAACAGUGUUGUCCUCCUUAGUGAUCGACCUGCUAUGAAGAAAGUUAAUUUUAGCAAAUAACGACGAAUAUUUCCGUGUCAGCAAUGAAUUACAUCGGAAAAGGAUCUGGCGAUUCAACCCAACUUGCUGCCAGUGGUGACAGCGACUCCAUCAAAGUUUUUGUCCGAGUGCGACCUCUGACCCAGGGUACUGGGCUGACCACAGAUGGAGAUCAGAGUCUGUGUCUCACCGUCACCUCACCCAACACCAUCCGUCUGCUCUCAAAGCCAGAGCCACGAACCUUCACCUAUGAUCAUGUCGCUGACAUGGACACAUCUCAGGACGCUGUGUUCUCCAGUGUGGCCAAGAAUAUUGUUGAGUCUUGCAUGAAUGGAUACAAUGGUACUAUAUUUGCCUAUGGACAAACAGGCUCAGGGAAAACGUUCACCAUGCUUGGACCAUCUGAGUUGGAUAACUUCACAGAUGAACUCCGAGGUGUUAUUCCUCGAAGUUUUGAGUACUUGUUUUUUCUCAUCAACAGAGAGGUGGAAAGGUCUGGCCAGUCCAAGAGUUUCCUCUGUAAAUGUUCAUUUAUUGAGAUAUACAAUGAACAAAUUUAUGACCUCCUGGACACAGCCUCAGCCAGCCUGUUCCUCAGGGAGAACAUCAAGAAGGGUGUGUUUGUUGAGGGAGCUGUGGAGAAGUUUGUCAACUCAGCUGCUGAAGCUUAUCAGGUGCUAUCUAUGGGCUGGCGUAAUCGACGAGUGGCCUCCACCUCCAUGAACCGUGAGUCUUCUAGAUCUCACGCGGUGUUCACCAUGACUUUGGAGUCCAAAGAGUCCAUCAAUGAAGUCGUGAACAUCCGAAUGUCUCAGCUAAACUUGGUGGAUCUGGCAGGAUCUGAGAGGCAGAAAGACACGCACACAGAGGGCUCCAGACUCAAGGAGGCCAGCAGCAUCAAUCGCUCUCUCAUGUGCCUUGGUCAGGUGAUUAUGGCGCUGGUGGACGUGUCCAAUGGGAAGAACCGCCACAUCUGCUACAGGGAUUCCAAACUCACCUUCUUGCUAAGGGACUCUCUUGGAGGAAAUGCAAAGACUUACAUCAUAGCUAAUGUACACCCUGGUUCAAAGUGUUUUGGAGAAACACUGUCUACCUUGCAGUUUGCCCAGAGAGCAAAGUUGAUCAAGAAUAAGGCUGUCAUCAAUGAAGACACACAGGGAAAUGUGAGGCAGUUACAGGCUGAAGUGAAGAAGCUCAAGGAGCAGCUUGCACUGGCACUGGUUUCUCAGGCAGGAGACUAUGGGAGAGAUGUAGCACCAGGUGGACCUGAACUCCCCAUGGGUAACAGCCCGUCCACUGGAAUUCAACAUGAUGUCAAAUAUAAAACAAAGUUUAUGGCUGCUGUUCGUCUGUGGAAGAGGCAAGAAGAGGAGAAGAGGAUGCUGCUCGAAAAGGUGUCUCAGCUCGAGGAAGCCUGGACACAAAAAGACAAGUUCAUCCAUUCCAGCCGAAUGAUCGUCAGGUUUCGAGAAGACCACAUCUCUCGCCUUGAGAAAAAACUGAAGGCGGGACAAAACUUCUGGUCAGACGAGGAGUCUCAGACUCUGAUUGACCAGCUGAAAGAAGAGAUUAAGAUUUUGAGAGAUCAGGUUGACCAUCACCCAAAGAUGACUCGAUAUGCAGCGGAGAACUUCAGCCUCAGAGAGGAAAACCGGCAGCUUCGUUCUCUUGACUCAGUGGUGAGAGCUGAAGAAGUUGUGGCCCAAGUUUCAUCUGAACUUGAAGAGGCAUUUCAGAGGGCUAUGGAGUCAGAAAGACUCUCAGAGACUCCAGCAGCUUCCUCAACCUCUGUGGCUGCAGAUAGUGUCUCAGCAGCUACAAUCGAGAAGCUGAAGGCUCAGCUGCUUCAAAAACAGUCCGACCUCACAGGUGCUCUUCAGGCCUUUGAAGAGUACAAAGAAGUAACCAAGAAACAGAUGUCUCAGCUGGAGUCUGAGAAAAGAUACCUUGACAAGUCCAACAGGCAUUUGGAAAACAUCUUGGUUGCCACAAACGCUUACAAAAAACAGGAGGUCUCUGAGCUGAACAGAAUUCAUGUUGAAACUAUAAAGAUUCUCACCACGCCGACCAAAGCGUACAAUUUGAGGUCCCGUAUCGUGCCUCUCUCCAGCCCGGAGCACCUGAACGGGACAGGCAACGGUGCCGAUGACAUUUGGAACGAACAGCCUCCUUCAGACAUGAGUGAGAUGGCCUUGACUGAGGAACUGCGCCAAGUGCAGGAGCAAGCGAGUCGUGUCCAGACACAGCUGAAUGAGGAGGAACUGAAGAACAGCAAGCUGCUGCAGCAAAUUGCAAAACUUGAAGAACAGAUCACUGUGAUAUCACAAGAGUCUGACCGCAAGGAUGAGCAACUUUCCACUGAGAGAGCAAACAGGAACAGAGAUCAGCUCAACCUUCAAGGAACUAUCAGUGAGCUGCAGCAGAGCCUUCAGUCUGAACAGCAGGCUGCAGAUGUUCUGAGGAGUGAGAUCCGUGACCUACGCCUGGUGCUGCAGUCGUCCGAUAAGGAGCUGGCUGCUGUGAAGAACGACUUAAGAGACGGCCAGAGCGAGCAGCAGAGAGAGAUGAGCCAACUCUCCAACAGUCUGAUCAGCACACAGCUCCAACUCGACAAAGUCCAACUGGAGUGGGAACAGCUUCUGGAGCAGCAUCGGACACUGCAGGAUUCAUUUGACCAGCUGCAAGCUGAAGCUAAGUUUGAGGCUGAUCAGGCAAGACAGCAGCUGCAGGACAGGCAGCAGGAGAUUGAUGAACUGAAAGCACAGCUCACGGAAUUGAAUAAUUCUCUGCGAAAUGAACAAGAGCACACAAGCACCCUGAUCUCACAGUUAAGAGAAAACAAAGAGAGUACAUCAAAAGAACUCAUUGAAACUGUGGAGCAGAAUACACAGCUCAGGAAACAAGUGUCAGACUUGACAGCGCAAAAUCAACAACAGGCGUCCAAACUUGUCAACCUUGAGCAAAAUCUAACCUCUACCAGUGAGAUCAUAAAAGGCUUGGAGCAGAAGAUUGAACAGGAUAAAGAUGUUGUUGUAGAUCUGAUUAACCAAACCAGAGACCUCCGCAGUGAGCUGAUCCAGAAGGACCAGACCAUUACCCACCUUUCUGGAGAUGUCAAAGACCUCACAGCCAAGUACAAUGCUGCCUGCCUUGAAAGGGAGGAUAUCAGGGAGCAAAACUCUAAGAUGCAGACAGAAAUCUGUGACCUGAAAGAAAACUUAGACAAGAGUGUGGCGUCCAACAAAAUAGAGGUCGAGGUGUUGCAGGAGGAGAUGGCCUAUGCCACUGAGGAGGUUGAGAGACUCACUAAGGUCUUAGAUGAGCAGAACAGCCUCCUCCAGGCAUCUCAAGAACAAGCAGCGCAGAAGGACGUCAUGAUACAGAGUCUGCAGCAGAAGGUGCAACAGCAGCAAGAAGCUGUUGAGAAAACUCUCAGAAAUGGAAAUUUCAAACCCCUCGUUGAGCCAACUGUCACACCUAAAUCAUUACCUCGGACUCCUCAUACUCCAGGAAGCUUCAGCAGGGAUCUGAGCCAGGUGCUAGAGAACCAGGAGAGGGAGCUGGAGAAUCGACGCUCCUCCAUGAUGACCAUGGAGAUUCUUCUAGCAGAGCUGAAUGCUGAGAGGGCUGCCAAGAAUGAGGAGAUCCAAAGGCUUAAGGCGCAGCUCACUGACAAAGAGAUGGUCCGAUUGGAAAUCCAGGGUUUGCUUGAUAAGUUUUAUACCCAACAGAGCCAGCUGACACUGAAUGGAAACAAAGGUGAGGAGUUGAAUGAUGCCAUUAAACAGUCCAUUCUUAAAGAGCUGCAGGAGGAGAGAGCAGAGAAGAACAAAAUACUACAGACCCUGACUAAUACUCAAAAAAGACUGCAGGCACAGGAGUCCAUGUUGGCCCAGUCUCAGACCUGCGUUCAGGAGCUGACCACUGAGCUGAGGGACCGCUGUUUAGAGCUGAGAGAGCUGAGCCAGAGGAGACAGGAAGAGGAGAAACUACUCCAGGAGAACGAGGUUCUCCGUAAGCAGAACAUUAAGCUGUCAGAGGAGAAUGGAAAACUUGUGGGACACAAGAAUCACAAACAGAGGAUUGAAUAUCUGGUGAAGCUGAAAAAGGACAACACCAAACUUCAAGAGGAAAAUGAAAAGCUCCGAACAGAGAUUAGCUUAAUGCGAGACAACAAUGGAUGUCCACCGCUGGAGAUCCCUGAAUUUUAAGUGUUUGAAUGGGGGUGAACUUACAUCUUUCCUGGUCUUUUUUUUUUUUUUUUUUUAACUUAAAUGACUUGGUCUUUUAAUGGUUUUAAGUAAAAAGACAUUGUGAUUCAUGAUUUCUGUUUAUAUUAUUAAACCUUUUACAAAUUUUAACUGGAGGAAAACUCCAGUUUCAUUUGAUCUACUGUUGCAGUAGCAUGGACAGACCAGCUGUGACAAAACUACCAUUAGUCCAGCUCCAUCUUUUCUUGGUCUUGUCAGGUUGCCUUGGAUGUACGGUUGUACCACCCAGUCGUGAUGCUGAAUAACAUCUUAAUGUGAAAACUGAACAUUUCUCAUUGUUCAUCAUUUUUUGGUGCUUAUUUCUAAUGCUGUGAUUGUGACUGUUAUUUGGGCAGAGCUGUAUGUAUCCAUGGUGUUAUCUUUGUUUGUUGUUUGUUGUGUUUUUCUCAUCGUACUGAGGUGUAUAGCCAGUGUCUUUUUAUAAUUUUUUUUUAAUGAACUUUUUUUCUUUUUACAUACUGUAAUUAAAAAUAUUUUUAACUACCA